GGGGGCGGAUGUCCAACUGGUGAUACUACCUAGAAGGCGGAAUAUAGGGAAUCAGAGACUGAAGUUAGAUCUCAGAAAGAGAACUUGUACCUUCAAUCCUCAAUCCAUAUAGGCGAAAUAUGGAUUGAGGCAAACAUGCCCAAGUAUGUUCAAGUUCUCCUAGAGGUAGGAGUGCCUGAUCGUAUUCUUAAGUGCUUGGAUUAUGUUAAGUCAAGAGAUUUAGGAAAACCUGUAGCUUUUUUGGCAAAGAUGGCAAGUGUUCGUCCCCUUGCACUUCAUCUUCUAGGGAAAGGUCUGUUGGAUCCAGGGAACGUGAGGAAAUUGCUCAACAGUUCAAACCCAAGGGAGGUUGUUUUGGAUAUUCUGAUGAUAAUUUCAGACUUAGCUCGGAUGGAUAAGGAUUUGUAUGAACACCUUAAUAGGGCAGAUCUCUUGGAGUCCAUGAAGACAUUCCUUAGCCAUGAAGAUCCAAAUGUACGUGCAAAAACUUGCAGUGCUAUAGGGAACAUGUGUCGGCAUAGCCCUUACUUUUAUAGCUCACUGGCAAGUCAACAUAUCAUCAGUCUCCUUAUAGAUCGCUGUGCUGAUCCAGACAAACGUACCAGAAAAUAUGCUUGUUUUGCUAUUGGUAAUGCCGCAUAUCACAAUGACCUGUUGUAUGAAGAACUUAGGAGAUCCAUACCUCUACUUACUAGUCUGCUGGUUUCGUCAGAGGAAGAUAAAACGAGAGCAAAUGCAGCUGGUGCACUGAGCAAUCUUGUCCGCAACUCUAAUAGGCUUUGUGAAGAUAUAAUCUCGAAAGGAGCCAUGCAGGCUCUGCUGAAGUUGGUUGCCGACUGUUCCACCGUAGCUUUGAGCCCGAGUAGAAAGGAUGCAGUAAAUGAAUCACCAUUGAAGAUUGCUCUAUUUUCAUUGGCAAAAAUGUGUUCCUACUCACCUUGUAGGCAGUUUGUCCGUUCUUCAGAACUGUUGCCCAUUAUUGGACGUCUUAAACAAUCCCCAGAUGAAACUGUUGCCAAUUAUGUGUCCAUUAUAAUCAAAAAAAUUGCAGAAGCCUGACAAGAUAUCUACAUUUUGAUCCGUGUACGCACACUCAUGCAAUAAGAAAAGUUUAUUUAUGUAAUUAUAUUCUAUAAUGUAUAUAGUAAAUUUUGCUGUUUAUUUUGUACACCUUGUUCUUAUUUUUCUGAAGAAUCAGAUUAAUCACGAGCACCUUAGAGUGUGUUGUUUGGUGGUA